GUCUUUUGCUCAGAACCGAAGAUAAACGCUCUCUCUCUCUUCCGUUUGUUUGCACAGAAAACGGAAGAUAAACGCUCCCUCCUCUCUCUCUCUCUCUCUCCAACUCUCCUUACGCGAUCUCUCAAUCCCUUAUCCGAAUAAUUGAGGUAUGGAGCACGAUGAGACGGGAUGCCAACCCCAUCCUGAAGGACCUAUUUUGUGUGUCAACAACUGUGGCUUCUUUGGAAGUGCAGCAAACAUGAACAUGUGCUCCAAGUGCUACAAGGAUAUGAUAUUAAAACAAGAACAGGCUAAGCUUGCUGCAUCAUCAAUUGAAAACCUUGUUAAUGGAUCAAGCAGCAAUGAGAAGGGACCUGUUGCCAUUGGCUCUAUGGAUGUGCAUCCUAGUUCGGUUGAAGUGAAGGAUGUAUCUAUGCCAUCAUCUCAAGCUUCAAGCUCUGUCAACGGUGCUGAGCCAAAGGCCAAGAAGGGGCCUAACCGAUGCAGCACUUGCAAUAAACGGGUUGGGUUAACUGGAUUCAAGUGCCGCUGUGGUGACCUUUUCUGUGGCUCACACCGCUACUCCGAUAAACAUGACUGCCCCUUUGACUACCGCACUGCUGCACAGGAGGCCAUAGCCAAGGCCAAUCCUGUUGUUAAGGCUGAAAAACUGGAUAAGAUCUAAUGAUGCCCUUCUGCUGAAACUCCUCAAUUAUAUUCCAAAAAUGGGCAUCUUCAGAUUGGCUACAUCAUGUCAUUUCAGAUACUUGGAAGCAAGGCAGUAAAAGAAAAGCGCGGAAGGUUGAACUCUCUCUUAUUCUCAUUAUGAUUGGCAAGAAUUUGUUUGUUGGGUCAUGUUUCCAAGUUUAAUGUGCUGGUUUGGUGGGUAAUCGUUGUGAUUAGGUUAUGUGUAAUUCUGGUUAUUAUGGCAUCGUAUCUCAUGUCUAAAAUGUUAUGCACAGACCCUGGAUAAUAUGGAGAAAACAUCCAUGUCAAUUGCCAGAUUGUGAUUGGGUUUGUAAAUUAUGCUUUUCACGUUCUUAUAAGUGUGGUUUCACUUGCUCCGAUUCA